AUGGUCGUAAAGGAUUAUAAAGACUUGAAAUUUUAUAAUUACAUUCCCGUAAACAAAGAACUGAAGAAAUCAUGUGUACCAUGUCCGGAUACAGAAGAUUUUGAGGCCAAAUUAAAUCAAGAAUUUGAGGAGCAAGUAAAAAAUGCAUUUCAAGGAAAUGUACUUGACCGAAUUGAUGCAAAAAAUAUCAAUGCUGAUUUGAAAAGAGAUUUAAAUAAGAAAUUAAAAAUAUUGUCAAAAAAAACGGAUAAAGCUAUAAUUGAACUAGUUAAGAGGAAAAUAAAUGAAAAUAAGAGCCGUAGAGGAGAAGGGUCAUCCAACGACAACUAUGAAAAUGAUGAUAGAGACAAACAAAAUGAAAUUUCUAACACGACAUUAAAUUUUAAUCAAAAUGAAGAUGAUAUGAACUAUGGCCGUCUUCUGCAUCAAGCUCUGGACAAGAUGGAUAUAAUGGAUGACUCUGAUUAA